GUCAUGCGGAAGUAAACUAGCCAAUAUGGCUGCGUCCUUGACCGGCAUGUUUUGGUUUCAGUGAAGUGAUAAACAUGCGCUGUAGUCGUAAAUUUACAUAGAGGUUGAGUGUUAAUAGAGCCGAGUGAAGGGAAAAUGGAGAGACGACAGUUCGUCGCGUCUCUGGUGGCAGGAGGCUGCGCCGGGAUGUGUGUGGAUCUGACCCUGUUCCCAUUAGACACCAUUAAGACCAGACUGCAGAGUCAGCAGGGCUUCCACAAAGCGGGGGGCUUCAGGGGAAUCUACGCCGGGGUGCCGUCUGCCGCAGUCGGAUCCUUCCCCAAUGCCGCUGCGUUCUUUGUCACCUACGAGUGCACCAAGUCCCUCCUCGGCGACAGCGGAGCUUUCGCAGCGCCGCGCACGGCACCUGUCAGUCACAUGCUGGCCGCCUCCCUGGGAGAAAUAGUGGCGUGUUUGAUCCGGGUGCCUACAGAAGUGGUGAAGCAGAGAACCCAGGCCUCUCCCUCAUCCACCACCUACAACAUGCUGCUGGCCACACUCAGAGAGGAGGGUGUUCGAGGUCUUUACAGAGGAUACGGCAGUACGGUCCUGAGAGAA